AUGUUGUACACCUUGCGGCAUGUCUGCUAUCAGAUUUUCGGUACCAAACUGGCCAUUGACGUUGGCACAUCAGAUCAUUCAGCUGCCCUUGUGACAGCUCAUCGUCACUUUCGAAUGUGGCCCAACGUUUGCGACGAUGACUGGGAAAAGAAUCCGAUGAUGCAAGGAUUCGCUGAACCUAGCAUCCCUGGAAAAACAAUGAAACAAACGUCAAAUUCGGACAUCGCAAUCCCAGACCAAGUUCAUUCAUUUGGUCCAGUCGAUUCCAAGAAACCUGUUCGUAAAUCAACAGCAAAGGUGAAGAACCUGGUUGAAUCCAUCCGCGAUGGGAUCUAUCCAUCCUUUGACAACCAUCAUGUAAUGAAACCAAAAUCAAUUUCGCUUUUGGAUGUUUUGUGCGAUCCUUCGUUGAUUCACCAACCUACACAAGGAAUAACGCUUUGCUACUUUCACGUGGUGCAACACUUUCAGCAACGGAAUAGCUUCGUGGCCCUUUUCAUUGACAGGGCUUUUGCGACACAACAGGAACCCAAUGUGAAGAAGAAGAAAACAAGAACCAAAAUCAAAACUGAGGUCACUCCUGUUUACCCUACAGCGUAUCACAUGGUACAAUGGAUUCAUGUCUGCCGAACCGAGGAACAGAAAGGUUCUGUGUCUUAUUUGGUUCUGUUAGACUGGUUAACAAGAGGAGAACAGCAGCAGCGGAUCUUUUCUUUCGCUCCUAUUGCAGUGCACCCUACAACUGCUGGAAUUACGCCUGCACGAGGGAACAAAUGA